AUGAAACAAGCUGAACCUAGGGGUGGGGAAAACGUUCUUUUUUUCUAUCUCAUUUUUAUUCUUUUCUUUUCCAUAUCCCUUCCUUCCUGCCUGAAUACCUUCCUUCUUUUUUUACCUGCUUAUCUUACUACCUGUCUUCUUCCCUGUCUGUCAUCCUUCUUUCCUUUCUUCCUGUUUGCCAACCUUUCUACAGUGUGCCUUCCCACGUUUCUUCAUUCCUGCCAGCCUUACUUCUUUCCUGUCUGCCAUCCUGCCACCCCAUUUUUUUCUGCUUGCUUACUGCUUGCCUGUCUUCCUGCCUUCUUUCAUUGCUUCCUGUCUAUCUGCCUGCCAACCAUCCUUUCUUCCUGCUUGCCUACCUUCCGUCCUUUCUGCGCAUGCUUGUCUUCCCAGACAGGCUGCAUUCCUACCUUUUUGUUCUUUCCUGGCUGCUUGCCUGCUAUCCUUUCUUCCUGCUUGCCUACCAUCCGUCCUUUCUGCGCAUGCUUGUCUUCCCAGACAGUCUGCAUUCCUACCUUUUUGUUCUUUCCUGGCUGCUUGCCUGCUAUCCUUUCUUCCUGCUUGCCUAGCUUCCGUACUUUCUGCGCAUGCUUGUCUUCCCCAGACAGUCUGCAUUCCUACCUUUUUUUUUCUUUCCUGGCUGCUUGCCUGCUAUCCUUUCUUCCUGCUUGCCUACCAUCCGUCCUUUCUGCAUGCUUGUCUUCCCAGACAGUCUGCAUUCCUACCUUUUGUUCAUUCCUGGCUGCUUGCCUGCUAUCCUUUCUUCCUGCUUGCCUACCUUCCGUCCUUUCUGCAUGCUUGUCUUCCCCAGACAGUCUGCAUUCCUACCUUUUUGUUCUUUCCUGGCUGCUUGCCUGCUAUCCUUUCUUCCUGCUUGCCUACCUUCCGUCCUUUCUGCGCAUGCUUGUCUUCCCCAGACAGUCUGCAUUCCUACCUUUUUGUUCUUUCCUGGCUGCUUGCCUGCUAUCCUUUCUUCCUGCUUGCCUACCUUCCGUCCUUUCUGCAUGCUUGUCUUCCCAGACAGUCUGCAUUCCUACCUUUUUGUUCUUUCCUGGCUGCUUGCCUGCUAUCCUUUCUUCCUGCUUGCCUACCAUCCGUCCUUUCUGCAUGCUUGUCUUCCCAGACAGUCUGCAUUCCUACCUUUUUGUUCAUUCCUGGCUGCUUGCCUGCUAUCCUUUCUUCCUGCUUGCCUACCUUCCGUCCUUUCUGCAUGCUUGUCUUCCCAGACAGUCUGCAUUCCUACCUUUUUGUUCUUUCCUGGCUGCUUGCCUGCUAUCCUUUCUUCCUGCUUGCCUACCUUCCGUCCUUUCUGCGCAUGCUUGUCUUCCCAGACAGUGUGCAUUCCUACCUUUUUGUUCUUUCCUGGCUGCUUGCCUGCUAUCCUUUCUUCCUGCUUGCCUACCUUCCGUCCUUUCUGCGCAUGCUUGUCUUCCCCAGACAGUCUGCAUUCCUACCUUUUUUGUUCUUUCCUGGCUGCUUGCCUGCUAUCCUUUCUUCUUGCUUGCCUACCUUCCGUCCUUUCUGCAUGCUUGUCUUCCCAGACAGUCUGCAUUCCUACCUUUUUGUUCUUUCCUGGCUGCUUGCCUGCUAUCCUUUCUUCCUGCUUGCCUACCAUCCGUCUUUUCUGCGCAUGCUUGUCUUCCCAGACAGUCUGCAUUCCUACCUUUUUGUUCUUUCCUGGCUGCUUGCUUGCUAUCCUUUCUUCCUGCUUGCCUACCUUCCGUCCUUUCUGCAUGCUUGUCUUCCCCCAGACAGUCUGCAUUCCUACCUUUUGUUAUUUCCUGGCUGCUUGCCUGCUAUCCUUUCUCUCUGCUUGCCUACCUUCCGUCCUUUCUGCGCAUGCUUGUCUUCCCAGACAGUCUGCAUUCCUACCUUUUUGUUAUUUCCUGGCUGCUUGCCUGCUAUCCUUUCACUCUGCUUGCCUACCUUCCGUCCUUUCUGCGCAUGCUUGUCUUCCCAGACAGUCUGCAUUCCUACCUUUUUGUUCUUUCCUGGCUGCUUGCCUGCCAUCCUUUCUUCCUGUCUGUCUGCCAUCCAAUAUUCCUGUUUGCCUACCGUCAUUCUUUUCUUUAUGUCUACCAAGCUUUCAUCAUUUCUUUCUUUCUGCCUUCCUUACAUUAUGCCUUCCUUCUUUCCUUCUUAUCUGCUUGCCCUCUUUUUGCAACCCUACCUGUCUACCAUUCUUCCUGCUUUCCUUCCUUCCUUUCUACCAGCCUGCCAUCCAGCCUUACUUCAUUCUUGUCUGCAUGCAUUCAUUCCGGCCUGUUUUUUCUUUCUUUCUAUCUAUCUAUCUAUCUAUCUAUCUAUCUAUCUUUUAUUCCUUUCUGUGUGCGUGCCAUACUUUCUUCCUGCUUGUCUAACUUCAUUUUUCUUUCUGUCUGCCUGUCUUCCAUGAUUUCUUUCUUUCUUUCUUUUAUUCUGCCUUCCAUCUUUCCUUCAUUCCUUCGUUCCAUUCUUCCUUCUUAUCUGCCUGCCUUCUUUCUGGCAACCUACCUUUCUGCCAUUCGUCUUGCCUUCCUUUCUACCACCCUACCACUCUUCUAUCCUUCCUUUCUUCCUUCCUUUUUACCAUCCUUCCUUCCUAUCUGCCUGCCUUCUUUCUGCGACACUACAUUUCUACCAUCCUUCCUUCCUUCAUUCAUUUCUAACUUCCUUCCUUCUUAUUUGCGUACCUUCUUUCUGCCUUCUGACCUUUCUACCAUUCUUCCUGUCUUCCUUCCUACCUUCCUUCCUUUUUAUCUGCUCGCCUUCCUUCUGUCAUCCUAUCCUUCUACCAUUUUUUCUGCCUUCCUCUCUUCAUUUCUACCUUCCUUCCUUCUUAUUUGCAUGCCUUCUUCCAGUUACCCUACACCCUACCUUUUUACCAUUCUUACUGCCUUUCUUUAUUUCUUUCUACCAUCCUUCCUUUUUAUCUGUGUGCCUUCUUUCUGCCACCCUAGCAUUCUACCAUCGUUCCUUCCUAAAUUCCUUCUUUCUUAUCUGCGUACCUUCUUUCUACCUUCUUACCUUUCUACCAUUCUACCUGCCUUCCUUUCUACCUUCCUUCCUUUUUAUCUGCGUGCCUUCCUUCUGCCACCCUACUUUUCCAUCAUUCUUUCUGCCUACCUAUCUUCCUUUCUUCUUGUCUGCCUGACUUCUUUCUACCACCCUACCAUUCUUCUAUCCUUCAUUCCUUCCUUCCUUUCGACCAUCCUUCCGCCUGUCUUCUUUCUGCGACACUACCUUUCUACCAUUUUUCCUGCCUUCCUCUCUUCAUUUCUACCUUCCUUGCUUCUUAUUUGCGUGCCUUCUUCCAGUUACCCUACACCCUACCUUUCUACCAUUCUUCCUGCUUUCCUUUCUUCCAUUCUUCUUGUCUGCCUGCCUUCUUUCUGCCACCCUACCAUUCUACCAUACUUCCUUCCUAACUUCCUUCUUUCUUAUCUGCUGCCUUCUUCCAGUUACCCUACACCCUACCUUUCUACCAUUCUUCCUGCUUUCCUUUCUUCUUUUCUUCUUGUCUGCCUGAUUUCUUUCUGCAACCCUACCAUUCUACCAUCCUUCCUUCUUAACUUCAUUCUUAUUUGCGUACCUUCUUUCUGCCUUCUGACCUUUCUACCAUUCUUCCUGUCUUCCUUCCUACCUUCCUUCCUUUUUAUCUGCUCGCCUUCCUUCUGUCAUCCUAUCUUUCUACCAUUUUUUCUGCCUUCCUCUCUUCCUUCCUACCUUCCUUCCUUUUUAUCUGCUCGCCUUCCUUCUGUCAUCCUAUCUUUCUCCCAUUUUUUCUGCCUUCCUCUCUUCAUUUCUACCUUCCUUCCUUCUUAUUUGCGUGCCUUCUUCCAGUUACCCUACACCCUACCUUUCUACCAUUCUUACUGCCUUUCUUUCUUUCUUUCUUUCUUUCUUUCUUUCUACCAUCCUUCCUUUUUAUCUGCGUGCCUUCUUUCUGCCCCCCUAGCAUUCUACCAUAGUUCCUUCCUAACUUCCAUUCUUCUUGUCUGCCUGCCUUCUUUCUGCCACCCUACCAUUCUACCAUACUUCCUUCCUAACUUCCUUCUUUCUUAUCUGCUCACCCAACACGCUACCUUUCCACCAUUCUUCCUUUCUUCCUUUCUUCUUGUCUGCCUGAUUUCUUUCUGCAACCCUACCAUUCUACCAUCCUUCCUUCUUAACUUCAUUCUUAUUUGCGUACCUUCUUUCUGCCUUCUGACCUUUCUACCAUUCUUCCUGCCUUCCUCUCUUCAUUUUUACCUUCCUCCUUCUUAUUUGUGUGUCUUCUUCCAGUCACCCUACACCCUACCUUUCUACCAUUCUUACUGCCUUCCUAUCUUGCUUUCUUCUUGUCUGCCUGCCUUCUUUCUACCACCCUACCAUUCUACCAUCCUUCUUUUCUUCCUUCCUUUCUACCAUCCUUCCUUCCUAUCUGCCUGCCUUCUUUCUGCGACACUACCUUUCUACCAUUCUUCUUGCCUUCCUAUCUUCCUUUCUAACAUCUAUUCCUCUUAUCUGCUUGCCUCCUUUCUGACACACUACAUUUUCUACCAUCUUUCCUGUCUGCCUUCCUUUCUUCCUUUCUACAUUCCUUCCAUGUUAUCUGCCUGUCAUUUUUCUUGCCUGUCUUCUUUCUGCUACCCUUCGAUACUACAUUCUUCCCUGCCUUCCUUUCUACCGUCCUUCCUUCUCAUGUACGUGCCUUCUUUCUGUGACAACGCCUUUCUAGCCUCCUUCAUGCCUUCGUUUCUUCCUAACUCCCUUAUCUACCUACCUUCCUUCUGCAUCCUUAUCGAUUUAAUUUUCUUCCUGCCUUCCUUUCUAAAUUCUUCCCUCCUUUUCUGCCUGCCUUUCAUCUAUCACCCUAUCUUUCUGCAACUAUUCCUGCUUUCCUUUAUUCCUUUCUACCUUACUUCCUUUCUUAUCUGCGUGACUUCUUCCUGCCAACCUACCUUUCUGCCAUAA